AUGAAUAAAGUACAAUGGGAAAGAUUGAUGAGUAUUAAUGCAUCAGCUGAAAGUCAAUUACAAGCAUCAAAUAUUAUAAAUCAACUUAAGUGUCGACAAACAUUUGUUAAAUUUAAGUCUAGUGGUCAUACAUAUUCACGUAUUUAUUAUCUUACUUUAUCUGAAGAUGCUAUUCAUUAUUUAGGAUCAAAACAUAAAUCUAAAAAUGAAGCGUGUAAAAUAAAAGAUAUUGAUCAAAUACGUCCAGGUUUUACAACUGCUGUUUGGAAAAAAUGCUUAAAUAAAAGAAAAAUUACACAAGAUAAAGAAAAUUUAGCUUUUUCAAUUCUUUAUGAUAAUAAUCGGCAUUCUCUUGAUUUACUUGCUGACACAGAAACUAUACGUUCGCAAUGGAUUCAAGGUUUAGAAUACUUAAUAAAACGAUAUCGGUCUCAUAUACGUUCACAUCAUGAAAUAACAAAUCAAUGGGUAUGGUUUUUAUUUUCUCACGCUGAUCAUGAUCAUUCCGGACACUUAAAUCGUGGUGAAGCUCGUCAACUUUUAUUGGCACUCAAUAUUGAAUUAGAUGAACGAGAUUUCGAUGUAUAUUUUAAUCAAGCAAAUAUUCGUAGAAAUAAUUAUGAAGAAUUAAGAAAUUUAGAUAAAGAUGAAUUUUUAAUAUUUUAUAAAUUUGUAUCGCAUCGACCAGAAUUACUUAAAAUUAUUUGCCAAUUCAAUAAUAGUACUACAAAUCAAACAACAAAAACGCUUUCCAAUUAUAGUAUUAUCAAUGCGUUACCUCAUUCAAAUCCAAUUGAACGUCGUCGUGAUUCCUCGUCAAUAAACUUUCAAAAAUCGAAUGGUAAAAAUGCUUCAUCAUGUUUUCGACGAAAAAAGUCAGCAUCAAUUACACGAGAACAUUUUGCUUCAUCUGAUAGUAUUAAUGAAAAUAAUUAUUUAACUAUUGAGCAAUUAAAAGAUUUUUUACAAAAAGAACAACAUAUGGAAACAUUAUCAAUUGAAGAUUGUUCAAAAUUAAUUGCUAAAUUUGAACCAUCUUCAGAAGGACAACAAUAUGAAGAAAUGGGUGUUGAUGGCCUUCGUUUACUUUUACUUCAUGAUGAAUUUUGUAUUAUGAAUCCGAAUAAAUCUCAUCGAAUUUAUCAUGACAUGACACGACCAAUAACUGAUUAUUUUAUUGCUACAUCGCAUAAUACUUAUAUUCGUGAUAAUCAAGUCUACGGUAAUUGUACACCUGAAACAUAUAUUCAUGCAUUAAGAACUGGUUGUCGAGCUGUUGAAAUGGACUGCUAUGAUGGUGAUAAUAUGGAACCGAUUGUUUAUCAUGGUAAUACAUUAACUGCACCAAUUCCAUUUCGAGAAAUUAUUCUUGCUAUUGAAACUCAAGCAUUUAGUGCUUCACCAUAUCCGCUUUUUUUAAAUAUUGAAAAUCAUUGUUCAUAUGAGCAGCAAGGUAUUAUGGCUCGUGUUUUGAAAAAUACUUUUAAAGAUCAUCUUUUGUCUAAACCAUUGGUAGAUAAUUUUGAAACAUUACCAUCACCUGAAGAACUUAAAUAUAAAGUGAUUAUUAGGAGUCGUCGAUAUCCGAAAGGAAAAAUUUCAGCUGAUCCGAAAUCUAAUCGAAGUAACGAUGAAACGGAACCAAAUCCAAAAGAUUAUCAUCCUGAUUUUUCAAAUUUAAUUAUCUAUUCUCAAAUUGUUUCUUUUACGAAUAUAACUCAUACAAUUUGUACACAAAAAUGUUUUCAUUCAAUAAAAUCGAAAUAA